CACAUUUAAACUGCUGCCUGCCUGUGCAGCACUGAAGAACCGUGGAUUUCACAUUACAGACUAAAACCUCAGUAAAGCAGCUCAAAAAAAAAAAAAAAAAAAAAAAAUCCUUCCUGCAGCUGCCAGACAACGACGAAGAGAGGCAAAGCCUUUUUUUUUUUUCCUCCAAUGCAACUGAAACACUAAACCCCGGCUCUGCUGCUUUACAUUGCAGCUCAGCGCUACUAGAAAUAUGGAUACUGAGAAGAGAAUACAGCACUGCAUUGUCCAGCCGGGAAUACAGCAGAUAUAAAGAGCUUCAAUGCAUCAACUGUCAGAAAGAGUCAACAGUGCACCAAACAAAACAGAAAACUACAGCUCUUUUGUUUAAUGAAAGAGAGAGAGAGAAUGAAAGCAAGGGGAAAUCUCUGAAGAUCAGGACACAAACGAACAAGAAGCACAACUUGAGGACACCCCGACAGAUGGACACUUCGGAUACAGUGAAAAGCAAUCACAGGAGGCAGACUGUUGGGGGAUGUGCGCAUGUUCGAGAGCAUCGUUUUUGCUGAAGUGAUGGCGUGCCAAAAGUAUUUUCAGUGGGCAUAAUCCUCUCCGUCUAAAUGGCCUGACCAAGAAAGAAAGAAUGACUUCGAGGGACACGUAACUAACCAGAAAAUGAUGACCGAAGAACAGUACUGAUUGAGGAGAAAAACAACAGCAUUUUUGGCCACAUAUAUCCUUCACUAUCACUGGAUAUUACAACAUGCUUCAGUGGAGGAGAAGACACUGCUGCUUUGCAAAAUGGAAUGCUAAAAGGUCUCUGUUCCGGACCCACCUUAUGGGUAUACUCUCCCUAGUGUUUCUUUUUGCUAUGUUUCUCUUUUUCAAUCAUCAUGACUGGCUACCGGGAAGACCUGGAUUCAAAGAAAACCCUGUGACAUACACUUUCCGAGGAUUUCGUUCUACAAAAAGUGAGACAAAUCACAGCUCCCUUCGGAACAUUUGGAAAGAAACAGUUCCUCAGACUUUGAGGCCUCAGACAGCAACUAACUCCAAUAACACAGACUUAUCACCACAAGGAGUUACAGGACUAGAGAACACACUCAGUGCCAAUGGAAGUAUUUACAAUGAAAAAGGUACUGGACAUGCAAACUCUUACCAUUUCAAAUACAUUAUCAAUGAGCCUGAAAAAUGCCAAGAAAAAAGUCCAUUUUUAAUACUAUUAAUAGCUGCAGAACCUGGACAAAUAGAAGCAAGACGAGCUAUCCGGCAAACUUGGGGCAAUGAAACUUUAGCACCUGGUAUCGAAAUCACACGGAUUUUUCUUUUGGGCAUAAAUAUUAAGCUAAAUGGCUAUCUUCAACAUGCAAUUCUAGAAGAAAGCAGACAGUAUCAUGAUAUAAUUCAACAGGAGUACUUAGAUACAUACUAUAACCUGACCAUUAAAACACUAAUGGGUAUGAACUGGGUUGCAACAUACUGUCCACAUAUUCCAUAUGUUAUGAAAACAGACAGUGACAUGUUUGUCAACACUGAAUACUUAAUACACAAGUUACUAAAGCCAGACCUGCCUCCCAGACACAACUAUUUUACUGGGUAUCUAAUGAGAGGAUAUGCUCCUAACAGAAACAAAGACAGCAAGUGGUACAUGCCACCAGACCUUUACCCAAGUGAGCGCUACCCUGUCUUCUGCUCAGGAACUGGUUAUGUUUUUUCGGGAGAUCUGGCAGAAAAGAUAUUUAAGGUUUCUUUAGGUAUCCGUCGUUUGCACUUGGAAGAUGUCUAUGUAGGAAUCUGUCUUGCUAAGUUGAGAAUUGAUCCUGUGCCCCCUCCCAAUGAAUUCGUGUUCAAUCACUGGCGAGUUUCUUAUUCAAGCUGUAAAUACAGCCACCUAAUUACCUCUCAUCAGUUCCAGCCUAGUGAACUGAUAAAAUACUGGAACCAUUUACAACAAAAUAAGCACAAUGCCUGUGCCAACGCAGCAAAGGAAAAGGCAGGCAGGUAUCGGCACCGCAAAAUACACUAAAAGACUAUUUUUGUUCAAAUGUGCAAUCUGUAUAUAUUGCUUAAAGCAUGUAUAGUUAAACACUUGAUUAUAUACAUAGAAAAAGUUUUAGUUCAACUCAUCACAUAAAGGAAUUAGAAACUAUUUUUUUAAUUUCUGAAUAAGAUAAUUCAUAAAAUUUCAAAUUAUGACAAAAACAUAUCCCAAAAGAGUCUCUUUAAAUAACUGUAUAAGGGGAUUCUCUGUAUUAACAUGCAAUAAUACGCAUGCAUACAUAAAUGGUUCAAGUCUUACAUUAGGGACUGAUACAAUGUAUCCGUAUACAUUUUCUACAUAAAUCUUAAUUUAAGAAAUGAAGAUAGUCAAAAAGACUCCUAGAUUUACUUUCAAUCUCACCUAAUGAAAUGUAAAUAAGACAGUACUACUGAUUUUAAGGAAACUUUGUAAUUGUGCAAAGAACAAAUUUUCUGACCUAACUCUAGAGUUCUAAAACUUUAUAUUACAUGCAAUAAGAUUUAGUUAAGUUAUUCCAUAACAUUAUUUAUAGCAUUCAGGUGUUUUCAGCAAUGCAAUUCUCAUUCAAAAAUUUACUUUUAAAAAUAACUGAUAAUUAUUUUAAUUUCUUUUAUUAAUACUCAUCUAUACUGGGGAAAUUAUUUCGACAUGAUGUGAUAAAUGUGAAAAAUUAAUGUGUCUCAGGCUCAAGUUUUUAUAAAAUGAAUUAUUAAAGGUAUCAAAAUAGAUAACUUUUGUUUUCUCAUUGGAAUUAAGUGCCAAACCAGUAUUUCAAGGAAUUUGCAGUUAGACAAAUAUUACAUUCUCAGAGAGUGUUUUUAUUUAACCUCAACUAUACCUGACUUCAAGUAUAUCUGUAAAACAGAGUCAUGUUCCUCUAGCUGAAACAACAGUAACAUUUAAAAGCACAAUGACGUGUUGUUGAAAAAAGAAGAUACAGGUAGUAAUUUCAUUCAAUAUAUUUUUUUAAGAUGUAUGUCUACCAAACAGCAACAUUUGGGGAAAGUUUAUUUCCUGAGAGCAGGUGUACAUAAGCCAACACUUAAUCAUUUUAUGGCACCUAUUUCUUCUCUCACUGCCAAGUUUACAAACCUAUGGUUUUUACUUUGAUAGAUGACAAAUAUUCUGCAUCACCAAUUAAAAAACAUUUAGGGAGGAAUGGGGAGAAAGCUACACAUGUUUGAUAACCAUUUGCUUUUAGAAUGGACAAUAUACUUAAUGCACUUUUAUCAAGGUACUAUUAGUCUUUAAAAGGUAAACAACAAAACCCUGAACUGAAUGUUAUACAAAUGUUCUCAUAUUUUGCUUGGCCCUAUCAUGAAUUUUAACAUCAAUAAACACA